AUGCAAGCUAAUCACUAUUACGCAGAUGGUUACUAUCAUCAACAUUACGCCAAUAAUUCACAACAACCCGCAAAUUAUCAACAACCACCACCUGCAACUUAUCACUACCAACAACACUCACAACAACAAUUCAACGAUUAUGUCACGAUCAAUCCACAACAACCUGGAAACUAUUCACAACAUGGUGGUUAUCCCAAGACCCAUUCACAACAAAACUAUUCACAACAACAUGCUGGUUAUCCCAAGACUCAUCCACAAUAUAACUAUUCACAUCAAAAUAAUGAUACUAAGAUCAAUCCACAACAAAAUGGCGAUUUUCCUAAAGUCCCACAAUCCGUACAUCCUGUAAAUGGUAAUGAUCCUACUCUUUUUGCCAAAAAUAAAUGUAUCGUGAUAACUGUGUUUAAACUUUUUACUUUAUUGACAACUUUAUCUGUUCUUCAAUUGUAUUAUAAUGCUACAUUCGUUACUCAUGACUUGCCUAGAAAAUUAUUCAUUAUUAUUGUGGGAUGUGAAGUCUUACCCAGAAUUAUUCAAACCUAUCAAGUUUAUAAAUUCACAGAUAAGAAACUCACUAUUAACGAUGCAAUUGGAACUUUAUUAUGUCAAAUAAAUUAUUACUAUUGGAUGGGUAAAGAACGUGCUACAUUAAAAAGGGCACAAGUUAAUCAAAUAGAACUAUUAUCUGAUCUUAUAUCUGUUAUAAAGUUAUUUGUUUUAGCUUAUAUACUUUACCUUCAAACUCAAAAAUUAGAUCAACAAGGUUCCGAUAUGGGUAAAAAAGUUGUCAAUGAUAUGAGUAGUGCUAUAGAAAGAGAAUUUGGAGAUUUAUAUUUAAAAAAUAAUACCUGUAAAAAUUAA